AUGUAAAGACUUGGGGACAUUUUUUUAAAAAAAAUCUCAUGGUCACUGAGUCAUUUCAAGGAAAGGAAACUCCGAGUGGCUGAAAACUGAGCAAGCGAAACUUAACUCGGGUCUUCAGUGGGAAGGAGCCAUGGCUGCUUCUGGGGGUCACAUCCAGCAUCUCUGUGAUGAAGCCACUUGCUCCAUCUGCCUGGAUUACUUCAAGGAUCCAGUGACCAUCCCAGAGUGUGGGCACAGCUUCUGCCUGUCCUGCCUGAUCCUGUUCUGGGAGGAAUCGGAGGCAGAGGCUUCCUGCCCUCAGUGCAGAGAUAUAGUCCAGAGAAGGGAUCUCGUCUCCAAUCAGCAACUGGCUAAUAUGGUAGAAAUAGCCCAGAAUCUCAGUCUUCAAGAGGGGAGGGAAGAAGGAGGGGGGAAAGAGAGAAUGUACGAAGAGGGAAAGGAAGGAGGAGGAGGAGUCUGUGAGGAUCACCAGGAGACCCUGAAACUAUUUUGCAAGGAGGAUGAAGCCCCCAUCUAUGUGGUUUGUGACAGAUCAAAGGAGCACAAACAUCACGAGGUGAUUCCUCUGGAGGAGGCUUUCAAGGAAUACAAGGAUGUGAGAAGCACCUUGCAGAGGUAUGAGAAAAGAGAGAGUCCAGAGAAGCCAGUGGCUUUCCCUCCAGAACUGAGGAACCAGUUGGAAUCCUGUGAUCUAAAUCACCUUGUGGAGCUUUGGGAAUCCUGUGAUCUAAAUCACCUUGGGGAGGAUACAAUGAAAAAAUGGAAAGAUGUUCAGUCAUUCGGAAAUCUCCAGAGAGCAAAUGUCACUCUGGAUCCAGACACAGCCCAUCCCAGGCUCAUCGUGUUUGAGGAUCGGAAAAGUGUCAGAUUGGAAGUGGAAGCGCAAGACCUGCCUGACAAUCCUAAGAGAUUCAACUACCGGCCUUGUGUGUUGGGACGUGGGGGAUUCACAGCAGGCAGACAUUUCUGGGAAGUCAAUGUGGAGAGUGGGGACUUGUGGGAUGUGGGGGUCGCCAGGAAGUCUAUGGAGAGAAAGGGCUGCUUCUCCUUAAACCCUGAGGGGGGGAUCUGGGCUCUGGGGAAGUUUGGAGGCAUCUACUUGGCCUUCACCUCCCCUCCUUACUCUCCUCUGUCCUUGAGUUGGGAGCCCAGGAGGAUCCGGGUGACUCUGGACUAUGAAGGGGGAUGUGUGUCUUUUUAUGACGCUGACUCAGAAGCCGAACUCUACACGUUCUCAGGAGCCUCAUUCUUAGGAGAGACCCUCCUCCCUUUCUUUCGUCUGUGGGGAAAUAAAACGCACCUCAGUAUCUCCUGGAAAGGAAACGCCCAGUGGCUGAAAACUGAUAAAGUGAAACUUAAUUCGGGUCUUCAGCGGGAAGGAGCCAUGGCUGCUGCUGGGGGUCACAUCCAGCGUCUCCGUGAUGAAGCCACAUGCUCCAUCUGCCUGGAUUAUUUCAAGGAUCCAGUGACCAUCGCAGAGUGUGGGCACAACUUCUGCCGAUCCUGCCUGAUCCAGUACUGGGGGGAAUCGGAGGCAGAGGCUUCCUGCCCUCAAUGCAGAAAAACAGUUCAGAGAAGGAGCCUCAUCCCCAAUCGGCAACUGGCUAAUAUGGUAGAAAUAGCCCAGAAUCUCAGCCUUCAAGAGGGGAGAGAAGAAGGAGGGGGGAAAGGGAGAAUGUGCAAAGAGGGAAAGGGAGAAGGAGGAAAAGGGAGAGUCUGCGAGAAACACCGGGAGCCCCUGAAACUCUUUUGCAAGGAGGACGAAGCCCCCAUCUGUGUGGUUUGUGACAAAUCAAAGGAGCACAAACCCCACGAGGUGAUUCCUCUGGAGGAGGCUUUCGAGGAAUACAAGAGAGAGAUCUGUCACCACCUGGAGAUUCUGAGGAAAGAGAGAGAGGAAUUUCUGGCCUAUCAAGCAAACCUGGACAAGGAAAGUAAAGACCUCCUUAAAUUAACAGAAAUGGAGAGGCUGAAGACUGUGGAGAAGUUCAGAGAACUGCGCCAGUUCCUGGAAGAACAAGAGAAACGUCUCCUGAAUCAUAUGGAAGAGGUGGAGAAGGAGAUUGCAGGGAGAAGGGAUGAGCAGCUGGCCAGACUCUCCAGGAAACUCUCCUCCCUUGAGAGGAUCAUCCAGGAAAUGGAGGAGAAGCGUCAGCAGCCAGCGACUGAACUCCUGCAGGAUGUGAGAAGCACCUUGCAGAGGUAUGAGAAAAGAGAGAAUCCAGAGAAGCCAAUGGCUUUCCCUCCAGAGCUGAGGAACAGGGCCUUGGAAUCCUGUGAUUUAAAUCACCUUGUGGAGGAUACAAUGAAAAUAUUGAAAGAUGCUCUUUUAUGCAGAAAACAGAUUCAGAAAGAUGUUCAGUCAUUCAGAAAUCUCCAGAGAGCAAAUGUCACUCUGGAUCCAGACACUGCCCAUCCUUGCCUCAUCCUGUCCAAGGAUCGGAAAAGCCUGAGAAGGGGAGACAAACCUCAAUUCCUGCCUGAUAAUCCUGAGAGAUUCAAUGAGGAACCUCGUGUGUUGGGACGUGAGGGAUUCACAGCAGGCAGACAUUUCUGGAAAGUCACUGUGGGAAGUGGGGAAGAGUGGGAUGUGGGGGUUGCCAGGAAGUCUGUGAGGAGAAAGGGCUUCUUCCCCUUAAGCCCUGAGGAGGGGAUCUGGGCUGUGGGGAAGUGGAGAGGGAAGUACUGGGCCUUCACCUUCCCUAAUUACUCUCCUCUGUCCCUGAGUGAGGAGCCCAGGAGGAUCUGGGUGACUCUGGACUAUGAAGGGGGACGUGUGUCUUUUUCUGACGCCAAUUCAGGAGCCGAACUCUACACGUUCUCAGGAGCCUCAUUCUUAGGAGAGACCCUCCUCCCUUUCUUUUGUCUGUGGGGAAAGAAAAUCCCCCUCAGUAUCUCCUGAGGAGACUAAAUCUGCCUCUCAGGCCCAGUUGGGAGUUUCUGCCCAGACCAGAGUGACAGACAUUGUUAUGUAUUAGUGUAUAUAGUUUUCCCUCAGGUCCUCAGGUCCUUGACAGUUGUUUUAGGAGGGAACUUUAGGAGGGAAUUUUGAAUUAUGUUUGAUACAUUGUUUGAGCCAGCCUCUAUAAAAGCAGGCCAGCUCGGCAAUGCAGUUCAGUUCUGUUGUGGCUUCCGAAUAAAGAGCUUCUUGAAGAGUUUCUGCGUUGUCUACCCACUAAUCUGCCUCUCAGGCCCAGUUGGGAGUUUCUGCCCAGACCAGAGUGACUGACAUAAAAAACAUUUACCUUGGGCAGUUUUUCAGGGGGACCUUUGAGAGGAUUCAUUUCCCUUACUUGCCCCAUAAUUCCCUCUGCAGCUUACUUUUUCUUAAAGAGACAGUCACACUUUUAACAGUCCCAAUAAAUAAUCUUUUCCUCACCUUCAA